CAGUCAGCUGAUCGGGUAGUACAGAUGCGUCUCGGUGGUGACAGGUGGCAUAUACACCGCUGCCAUGCAGAUGCAUUUUGUUUUCUCGGAUAACGUGACCUUGCUGUUUGAUAUAUGGACAGUCCAGACUCUAACAGGUCUUCUGCUUUCAUGUGUCAUCGUCCUGAUGCUCACUGUCCUUUAUGAGCUGUCCAAAGUAUGGAAGUCCAAUCUUCUAACCAAGGUCCUGCUGACUCUGCCACUGACUCCUGAUUCCUCUCUGUCACCUUCAUUGAUCUCUGACACUGACGCUAAUGUUUCUUCAACCUGUGACCCCUUGCUGACACGUGAGCCCCUGUACUCUGGGGAGAGCUCUGAGCCUCUGGGAUCUCUACCUGUCAGAUACACUUCCUCUACCUGCCGAUGGUGGUUCCUGCACUCAUCGUUGGCUCUGCUGCACACAUGCCAGGUUUUCCUUGGAUAUGUUCUGAUGUUGCUCGUCAUGUCCUACAAUACUGCCAUUUUCCUGUCUGUUAUCAUUGGAUCUGCUAUUGGGUAUUACUUGGCCUUCCCCCUCCUUGCUAAAUACCCCAAGCCCCAUAGGCUGUAGAAUCCUGCUGCUGGGAGUACAGAUAAGUGGACCUGUCUUCCUAAUUCUGCUUGCACAAAAUGCUAUGAGCCUUUUUUCUAUAUAUAAAAUGCCGCAGGUUACAUGGAUA